UGGUAAACCAAAUUUUUUUUAUUACAUUUAGCAUUUUCUUCUCCAGUUCGCGGUCUGCCUUAUCAUCGCUGCAUCUGUCACCCAAGUGCCGCUGUAUACGCUUUUUCUCUUUACACACGCACAUGCAUUCAUGUCCACCUUCCACUUCCCCGGCAGUUACGCUUGUCACUGCUAUGGUUAUAACCGUUUUCCGUUCCACCUAACAACUUCAUCUCCCCGAACGGUAACCGUUCGUGCCGCGGUUCCAGCUCUCGAGAAGCGUGGUAGAAAGAAGAAGUCGGCCAAGGAGGUAGGCGGCGGCGGUGACGAUGUAUAUUCUGCGCUCGAGAAUGGACUUCGGUUCACUUUUAUGGAGGAGCUCAUGUACCGAGCAAGGAACCGGGACUCCGCCAGCGUCUCCCGAAUCAUCUACGACAUGGUGGCUGCCGGCCUCACCCCUGGCCCGAGGUCCUUCCAUGGCUUGGUGGUCUCUCAGGCCCUUAACGGUGACGAACAAGCUGCGAUGGAAGCUCUGAGGAGAGAGCUGAGUGCGGGGCUUAGGCCAGUUCACGAGACGUUUGUCGCGUUGAUAAGGUUGUUUGGGUCCAGAGGGCGGGCUACUAGAAGUCUUGAAAUACUUUCAGCCAUGGAAAAGCUUGAUUAUGAUAUUCGCCAAGCUUGGCUUAUUCUCAUUGACGAGCUUGUAAGGAACAAGCAUUUGGAAGAUGCCAACACUGUGUUCUUUCAGGGUUCCAAGGGUGGACUUAGAGCUACCGAUGAGGUUUAUGACCUUCUAAUUGAGGAAGACUGUAAGGCAGGGGAUCAUUCUAAUGCCUUAGAUAUUGCUUAUGAGAUGGAGGCAGCUGGCCGUAUGGCAACUACUUUUCAUUUCAAUUGUCUGCUCAGUGUGCAGGCAACCUGUGGAAUACCAGAAAUAGCAUUUUCAACGUUUGAAAACAUGGAAUACGGAGGAGAAGAUUAUAUGAAGCCAGAUACAGAGACGUACAAUUGGGUUAUACAGGCAUACACUAGAGCUGAAUCUUAUGACAGAGUACAAGAUGUUGCAGAGUUACUUGGCAUGAUGGUUGAAGAUUACAAGCGCAUACAGCCAAAUGUGAAGACUCAUGCGUUGUUAGUGGAGUGUUUUACGAAGUACUGUGUAGUAAAAGAAGCCAUUAGGCAUUUCCGUGCCCUUAAAAACUUUGAAGGAGGCACAAAAGUCCUAUAUAAUGAAGGCAAUGAUGGAGAUCCACUUUCCUUGUAUCUUCGGGCUUUAUGUCAGGAAGGAAGGAUAGUUGAAAUGCUUGAAGCUCUAGAAACAAUGGGAAAAGAUAACCAGCCAAUCCCACCACGGGCAAUGAUCUUGAGCAGAAAAUACCGGACAUUAGUGAGUUCAUGGAUUGAACCUUUACAUGAAGAGGCUGAACUGGGUUAUGAAAUUGAUUACAUUGCUAGAUAUAUUGCAGAGGGAGGCCUUACCGGAGAACGAAAGAGGUGGGUGCCUCGAAGAGGUAAAGAGCCUCUAGAUCCUGAUGCUCAAGGAUUUAUAUAUUCAAACCCAAUAGAGAGCUCCUUCAAACAGAGAUGUCUCGAGGAAUUGAAGUUGUACCAUAAAAAGCUCUUGACGACCUUGCAGAAUGAAGGGCUUGCAGCUUUAGGGGAUGAUGCUACUGAAUCUGAUUAUAUUAGAGUGGAGGAGAGGCUAAAGAAAAUAAUAAAGGGGCCUACACAGAAUAUUUUAAAGCCUAAAGCUGCUAGUAAAAUGGUUGUGUCUGAAUUAAAGGAAGAACUAGAAGCCCAAGGUUUACCUGUUGACGGAACUAGAAAUGUUCUUUAUCAGCGUGUACAGAAAGCAAGGAGAAUAAACCGAUCUCGUGGUCGGCCCCUUUGGGUUCCUCCUGUUGAAGAGGAGGAAGAAGAGGUGGAUGAAGAGCUAGAUGUGUUAAUUUCGCGAGUAAAGCUGGAGGAAGGAAAUACAGAGUUCUGGAGACGUCGAUUCUUAGGAGAAGGAUUAAAUAAUAAUCAUAUAAAGGCAAUGGAUGCAGAUAAAUCAGAGUCCACUGAAGUCUCAGAUGAUGUUAAUGUUGUGGAAGAUGCUGCAAAGGAGGUUGAAGAUGAUGAAGCAGAAGAUGAUGAUGAGGAAACAGAACAGGCAGAAGAGGAGGUAGAAGUAGAAGUAGAAGUAGAAGUGGAACCAUCAGACAACCAAGAUGUACACAGGGUAAAGGAAAAGGAAGUUGAAGCUAAAAGGCCCCUUCAAAUGAUUGGAGUUCAGUUGUUGAAAGAUUCUGACCAACCUACCACCAGAUCUAAGAAGUUCAAAAGAUCCUCUGCUCGACUGCAGGCCGAGGAUGAUGACGACGAUGAUUGGUUCCCUGAAGACCCAUUUGAGGCAUUUAAGGAAAUGAGGAAGCGAAAAGUGUUUGAUGUAUCAGACAUGUAUACAAUAGCAGAUGCUUGGGGAUGGACAUGGGAGAGAGAACUGAAGAACAAACCUCCGCCUAGAUGGUCACAGGAAUGGGAAGUUGAGUUGGCAAUAAAAGUUAUGCAGAAGGUAAUACAAUUGGGAGGGACACCCACUAUAGGAGAUUGUGCCAUGAUAUUGCGUGCAGCUAUAAGGGCACCUCUACCUUCCAAUUUCUUGACGAUUUUGCAGACAACUCAUAGUCUUGGUUAUAAGUUUGGGAGUCCCAUCUAUGAUGAGGUCAUUUCUCUCUGCCUUGAUCUUGGGGAACUGGAUGCCGCUGUUGCAGUAGUAGCAGACUUGGAGACAACAGGGAUCUUGGUUUCAGACCAGACAUUGGACAGAGUGAUUUCAGCUAAACAGAUGACUGACGAUAAUUCCAAUGGAGGCAUAGCAGAAUCAGAUGCAGGACCGUAAAUUAUACCUUAAUGUUGUACUGUAGUACUGUAGUUCUAUAU